GAGACACACUAUUAAAGGUGAAGGUGAUUGAAAAGUUGAAGAAUCCACCAACAAAGAUUUUAAUUUAAUUUAUUUCUAUCUCCCUAUAAUUUAUUGCAGAAAUCUCAGAUGUGUUUUUUCUUUUAAAGAGGAAACAAAUCCAUUAAUGGCUUCUUAGAUUUUUCAGUCCUGAAUCAAAUAAAUCUUUUUUUCUGCCUGAAUUUCAUUUAUUGUUGUUAUAUCCAUCUGAGGAAAGUCAAAUAUUGUGUUUUUGUUUCUGCUGCUGCUGACUUUUCUGAUUUGAGAAAAGAUCUCAACAAUUUAGUGAUGGGUUCAUUACUUCAUUGAUUAAUCAUGAAUUCUGAUGUGGGUUUUUGUUUUUAGUCAAAAUUAAGAGAGAUUUUUUUUUUUUUUUUUAAUUUCGGGUAAAGAUCUUGUUUAGGAAGGAGGAGAAAAGGGAAUAGGGGUAUGAUAAAAUGGGUGGAGAAGAAUUAAUUGAGUUGAAAUUUAGACUUGCUGAUGGAAGUGAUAUUGGUCCAAAUAAGUAUAAUCCAACUACAACUGUCGGAUCUUUGAAAGAAAUCAUCAUUUCUCAAUGGCCUCAAGGUAAACAAAAUGGUCCAAAGGCAAUAAGUGAUGUGAAGCUGAUAAACGCAGGAAGAAUCUUGGAGAACAACAAAACUCUCACCGAGUCUAGGGUACCAGUUGGUGAGAUGCCAGGAGGAACCAUAACUAUGCAUGUUGUUGUUCAACACCCAAUGGUAGACAAGAAAAAUGAGAAACAACUUUCCGAUGCGGCAAACAACAGGUGUUCAUGCUCAAUUCUGUGACUUGACAAGAAUCAAGUCCGACGAGCCUCUUUCAGUCUGUGGCCAUCAUUUGCCUUUCAAAAGCUGAGAACAUACGUUCAUUUUGGGAGUUCAUAAACCAUUCACAGGUGUUUUUCCUUUUUCUUUUGUAAACGUCGUCAAGGUUUUCUCAUGGUAGUUUGGGAACACUGUUAGAUUGCUCUAUCAGUGUUUUGUGUAGACAAAAAAAAUGAACUAUAAAUAGAAUUUGGGUUCACUUGUUUCUGCAAAAUGAGAAGAAAUGCAACCUCAAAUGUAUAAAUGUGAGAAGUACUCUUCUUCUUUUUUUUCUCUAAGUCACAACUUGAUCCUGGUGGGGUGUUAUGUUAAUAUCAAAAGAAAAUUUCUUCUCUUGACUUUUCCAAUA